GCAGAAUGGCUGGUAGCACUAAACUCUGCCAUCAGCAAAGUGCUCACAAACCAGAAGUCAACUGCUAGUCUUCACGGCAGCAGGGAGAGGUUAACACCAGCCUUGACUCGACAUGCUCGUCACACGUUUGUCAAGGCUGGCCUCUUCAAGGAUGCCACCUACGACGGAACUUGGCUAGCAGGGAGAAUUCAUGGAACCGGGGUCCUGCAGUGGCCAGAUGGAUCUGUCUUUGAAGGACACCUUAAGCGAGGACUAAUGCAUGGGUCUGGCAUGUACACCAUCAUACACAAUAAAGGAAAAGAAGUUCAGACAGGAACCUGGAAGGAAGGAAAGCUUGUGGACUGGGAACUAUACAUUAUGCAAAUGGAGACUUGUAUGAGGGCUACUUCCAAGAUGGACUGA